UGGCGAGACAGGGGAAAGUGGUCGAUUUCUUUUGUGACAUUUGAUGAUUGGAGUGCUUCCCUCGUGUUUCUUCUCUUUGUGGUGUAAUCUCGCUGUGAUUUUGUUUUUGGUUUCUACCAUUUGUCCUGCUGUUCCCAAUUCACAAACUCUAGCUUCUCAAAGAGAACAAGGUAUUGUGCAUGGAUGGUAUCGCUUGUUCUUCAUUUCUUACAUUUGUUGAGUUGCCGCUCGUGCUUGUUCAGCCCCUGUCAUGCUGAAUGCAGAGACAAGUUCUUUGUUUCUUGGAAGAUUUUCAUGGGUUCAUGUUGACAAAUUUGGUAACAAGCACGAUGUCUGAUGGAGAGGAGACACAUUGGUGCUACCAGUGCAGGCAGCGAUUCGGUCUUCAUGACCGAGAAGUAAUUUGCCCUUUCUGCAAUGGAGGUUUCGUGCAGGAACUGACCGAAAUUCAUGGCUCACCUACUGAAGAAUAUUUCAUGCCUAACUCUGCGGACAUUCCUCCCGGAGUGCCUCAUAUGUUUGAUAUUAUGUACGCGUUGAUGAGAGAAGGUGGUAUUGGCUCGAGGAGAGGAUUCAGGGGCGCUGCUGGUUCUAUGAUGAGAGAGGCAAUUGCUGGCCAGAAUCCCAACUUUGAUGGUAGAAGGCAUCUCAAUUCAGUUCCAGAAGAAACACGGGGAAUCAUUCCUCCCACUCCUUUCAUGGCAUUUCACGGUCAAAUACCCGAUUCUGCCUUCUUGCACCACGGUAGAGCGGAUGGACCGAGGGACAUUGACUUCGAUGAUUAUUUUAUGGGCCCAGGACUGGAAGAACUGAUCGAGUUUCUAUCUCUGAAUGACCAGAGAGGGCCAGCCCCUGCAUCUCGUUCUGCAAUUGAUGCAAUGCCGACCAUCAAAAUCACCCAGACGCAUCUACGUGCUGAUGCAGAUUGCCCUGUCUGCAAAGAGGAAUUUGAGUUGGGGUCAGAAGCGAGAAUGAUGCCUUGCCACCAUAUUUAUCACUCCGACUGCAUCAUCCCCUGGUUAGUUCGGCACAAUUCAUGCCCGGUUUGCCGCUUUGAGAUGCCUGCUCAGGGGAGUGAUGGUAGUAGCCAUGAUGGAAUGUGGAAUGCUCGGCGAACCCAUGGAAGGAAUCGUCGCCUGUCUUCUACGAGGCCUCUCUAGCUCUUCAUACCCAAGCAUAUCACUAUGUCCAAAGGAAUCGCCAGAUGGGAGUGAUCUGGAAAUGACUGUUGGAUUUCCGAGUGUCGCCUUUCAAUAGAUAAAUAAGCACUUCCACAACACUGACGGAGGUAAAGAGAUACUUCCCGGUGCAUUUGUAUAUAUGGGUAGGUGUGGGAUUUCAUAUCGGACACGAAGUCUUUGCGGAUUCUGUACUGUUUGUAACUCUGUUCCGUUCUUCAAAACACAUGCCUGUUUAGACCUGCUGUUGUUGAAAUGAACCCGCUGUUGCUGGCUUGCUCA